AUGACAAGGGUCAGUUUUAUGGAUUUGGUCAGUUUUGGAGAGGGUGGUUUGGAGUUGUGUUCUAUUCCACAUAAUAGUGGUGGAGUUAAUGGCCAUAUAGACAAGAGUGGUGAAGCAAAAUGUUCCCAGGAGUUAUUAGAAGCAUUACGGGCUGCUCGGGAAGGUCAAAUAGAUAACGAGGUAGAUCCAAUAGUGCCCGGGUUUCUGUAUAUUGGAUCUUCGGACAGGUGUCGGGAUGCCAGAACCAUGGCUCGUCUAGGGAUAGGUGCUAUCGUGUCUUUGGUUCAGCCCGAGUUUGAAUACGACGUAGUGGCACUAGAACACACGGGAGUCCGUAUUUACUGCUUAGAGAUACCUGAUACCGUUGACUAUGCCGUUAUCAAAGACGUUCGAGCAUGCCUGCAACACCUUGAACAAGAUUUGUAUGCUGGGGAUAUGACAAAAUAUACACCAGAAAUUACAAUCGACUCAAUAGACCGUACAGGCUCAUCCCAACACCAUGACUCCACUUACCAUGACUCCACUUACCAUGACUCCACUUACCAUGCUCCUGGCUUAUUUGUGCAUUGUCAUAAAGGGCUAUCAAGAUCUGCCGUUUUCGUCCUAGCAAUAUUGCUCUAUAGAAUCUACUUGGUUCUACCAGAUCCAACUGCCGCCUCCAACAUCGCUGUCGGUACAGUGAAUUUCCCAAGUCCAGAUGAAUUGUUGGAAAGGAUAAUUGUUCGAUGCCGAAGAAUUAUGCCCAAUGUCUCAUUUCGUUCGCAAAUCAAUCUAUUAUACGAAUGUCUUUGCAGCCUUCGUAAACGGGAUCCUUUCAGUCAUAUGUUUGACAGAAAGAAUCUUAUAUCUAGAAGGCGUUGUGAAUUCUUCUUCGUGUGUAAAUUUCUGGAAACAUAUCUCGCGGUGAAAGGUAGAUGUCUGGCGGAGUGUUGGGAGUAUGUAUCUAAUAAUGUUGUUCGAAAAAUUCCUAGACUUAUCGAAACAGUAACCAAGUGUAAUCCAUACACAAUGUGGGUCAGGAAAUCAUCCCCCAUACGAAAGACAUGGCCAUGGAUAAUGCUGGGGGUGCAGCUUGACUUGUUUCUGCUUUACCAGACCCGCAUACCACUCGGGACCCACUCACACCAAAGCCAGGAAAAAUCGUUCGCCAAGAAUUCCGUGCUUGUCAACAACCGGUACAAAAGAAAUGACACGCACAACGGGGGCGGGGAUGGAACCAAAAUCCGCGACGAUCGAGGCGAUUCCCGAUAUGGGCUUACUUACGACGGUCUGCCAAAAAAUGCGUCCAAAAUUCCCACCACAGUCCAAGACUUUUGCCUCACUGAUCACGGUCUAGUCGACUCGGAAUCCGGAAGCAAUCUACUAUUUCCAUUUACACUACCUGAUACUCUUUUGUGGUCUGCGGAAAAUGGUGAAUCACGCCACGAGCUCAUCGCGUACUGUCUGGGACUAGGCCCGUCACCAGUGCUACAAAAGACAGAUAAGUGGACAAUAUCUACACAACUAGAUAAUUUCAGACAAAAUCUCUUUCAAUGCAAAGAAAAACUAACUUCAUUCGUUAACAAACAUGGACUCAGAUCCUGGUCCAUGUUCCUUGCUCGUAUGAUCUGCAUAAAAUGCGACUUUUGCCUCACUGAAGUUGAAAAUGAACUGGAAGCCCAAAAUGUUUUGCGGUUGGCAGAGGAAUCUGCUUGCCAGGCUGAAUCAAAUGAAUUCCGACCCCAAAGGAGAGUGCCUUCAACCGCUUCAAAAAAGAGUGCGGCGCGCGUUUGCUCAAAUCUCUCGCUCGAGCACACACUUUUAUUUCGGGCGAUCUUAUCCGGAAUGGACCGAUUUAAGGCCUCCCUUGUUACCUCAGGUGACUCAGAAGCUGCUACGGCCAACAGUGGGAUGAAUUAUAACGCUAAUUUUAAGAUCCAGCCGGCGGAUGACGGUUUUCAUCAAUUGUUAACGCUUGAGGAGCUCGCACUAUUCAGGACGCAGUUAUGCGACGCCGUCUGCAAGGGAGCGUGUCCGCUUCCGGACAGGUGUGCUAGCUCUCACUGCUUGACGUGGCAGCGACGGAAUCCACUACUAUUUUUUUAUUCCGCUACGUUAUGCCCCGAAAUAGAAUUCAUAAGAAGGAACAACCGAAUGACCUUAGUCCGGAAAUGCAACAGAGGAAGACAAUGUCCUUAUGCACACUCGAAAGAAGAGGAGCUAUAUCACCCCAUGAUUUAUAAGACAAAGUUGUGCAGGGCUCAGCCAAACUGCAAGCGAUAUUUCUGUCCAUUUGCACAUUCGCCCGCCGAACUAAAGCCCCGCAUGACGCUUGAAAAGUACCAGACCAUCUUGCAGCAGCGCGGCAAACCCGCUUCCCCGGCCUCGCACGUGAUCUCGGCGGCUUCGACCGAGGCUUGUAGCCAAACUGAAAUUGACAGGUGGAGACUUGAUGAUAACUUGCCAAGCUUGUUUAUUGACACACCCCCGCGCGAAGGAGGAGCCAGGUCCCCUGUUUCAUCGCCAACCAUCUUCUUCCAAACGGCUCCCGACCUUGGUGACAGUCCUCUCAGGGCCGCCCCGGGAGGAAGUCCCCGAACCGGUUCCGACAGAGAGUACGAAAAUCUGUGGCGUGAGAUCGCGUUAAUACUGGCCCAUGAAGACGACGACGACACCCGUGGUCUUGACCUGCUAAUUAAAAGCUUGAUUUUAUCCUCGCAGAACGCACCCUGA